AUGGAAGACGCAACGGUGGUGCGUACGGAUGGGAACUCUCUGCUCAAGGCUGUGUUCCUGAGCCGACUGCGCCUGACUCGCCUGCUGCUGGAGGGAGGGGCUUACAUCAACGAGAGCAACGAACGCGGCGAGACGCCGCUGAUGGUGGCGUGCAGGACACGCCACACGGACGCACAGAGCGUGCCCAAACACAAGAUGGUUCGGUACCUGCUGGAGAGCGGAGCUGACCCAAAUAUCCAGGACAAGACCGGUAAGACGGCCCUGAUGCAUGCAUGUUUGGAGCAGGCGGGGUCAGAGGUCCUCUCUCUACUGCUGGGGAGUGGAGCUGACCCCAGCCUGGACGACCACUCGGGCUUCUCAGCGCUGGUCUAUGCUGUCAACGCAGGGGAGAACGAGGCCCUGAGAGUCCUACUGGACGCCUGCAAGGCCAAGGGCAAGGAGGUCAUCAUCAUCACCACGGACAAGCUGCCGUCGGGACGCCAGAUGACCAAGCAGUACCUGAACGUACCCCCGCCUCCCGACCUGGAGGAGCGCCUGCACUGCACCCCUGGCUCUGCUGCCUGCUGCAUGUCCCCCUCAGAGAUCCAGCUCCGCACCCCUCCGCAGGGCACCUCAGCCACUGCCUCACCCCAGCCAGGGAGCCCCCUCCUGGGCCUCAGGGAGCACCACCACCAUGGUGGUGGAACCACCAUCUCUGGUUCUGCUGGUUCUGGUUCUUCAGGUGCUGGUUCUUCUCAGCCGGGCUCCCCGACCAGGGACCCUAACCCGUUUCGAGGCCCCGGUGUUGGGGUGGUGAAGCUGCUCCAUCCCCAGCGGCUCCACUCUGAGCCCUGGCUGCAGCAGAACAAGGCCUCCAGCCUGACCGAGGAGCUGCUGGACAUCACCCCAGAGGAGGAGCUCUCCUUCCGGGUCAACGGCCAGGCCUUCUCUGGGUCCGGAAGGGUGGGGCCCGGGGCACAUCCGAUCGUCGCCCGCCCCCAGAGCAUCGAACCCAAGGAUGCCACGGGGCUGCUGGAGCAGGUGGCUGGGAGCGAGGGAGGUGGCGGAGGAGGAAGAGGAGGCCUGAGUAGGAAGAUGUCUUACGACAGCGCUGCAGCUUAUUCCCACCCAAACCUCCUGCACCGGGGGGAAGGAGGAAGCUAUGGAGGCUGCCCCAACUGCCCCUGUGGCGCCCAUGAGCCUGUCCUCCCUGUACACAAAAUCUCUCCAGACUGUUACCUCCCCAACCUGGCUGUGUCCAGCCUGAGGAACGUAGUCCGCCGCCGCAACAUCGGCAUGGACCACUACAGCUCCGACUCCCAGCUGCCCCAGUUCGGCAGCCACAGCAGCCACCCAGAGAGUGGAGACUCCUCCAGGGGCGUUGUAGGGGGAACUGAGAAGCGUAAGCUGGUCGCUAGUAGAUCCUCCACACUGUCGGGCUCCCGGGAAUCCCUGGAGAGUGCUGCCCAGAGAAGGGGCCCUGCAAACCUGGAGAGGAGAGGCUCAGGGGCCCUGCUCUUGGAUCACAUCUCCCACACCCGCCCGGGGUACCUGCCCCCUCUCAACCCCCACGCACCCAUACCCGACAUCGGAGUCAGCCUCACCUCAACCUGCCCCAGCCUGAGUGGAAGCACCAAGGCACUGAAUCUGAAUGGGGGUGUUGCAGGGCCGGGAUCAAAGCCUCUUGUCCCCUGUGCUCCUGCCUUCCCCAGAGAUCUGAAGUCAAAGCAGACACUGCUGAGGAGACACUCCAUGCAGACAGAGCAGAUUAAACAGUUGGUCAACCUCCAGGAGACACUCCAUGCAGACAGAGCAGAUUAAACAGCUGGUCAACCUCCAGGAGCUCUUCGGCCACUAAGAUGAAAGAUGCUAGACUGGUCCCAGAUCUGUUUGUGCUGUCUUGUCAAUGUUACGCCUUGGCAAAACAGCACAAACAGUUCUGGGACCAGGAUAAAAGGUUGCAUUUUCUUUGUCUCUGGCUACUGUGUGCUUGGCUGACUGUGAUCGCUUUCUAUUGGCUGACUGUGAUCGCUUUCUAUUGGCUGACUCUGAUCGCUUUCUAUGUCAAGCAUUGUUGCUGCUCUGUGACCAUGACAUCGUUAACAAAUAACUUCUUACCAGAAGACUAUUAUUGCUCAUCCCAGCUUUUUCAAUGUGCUUAAUUACACGUAUGUUUUAUUUUGGACGAUAUUGUAUCGAUACUCUUUGCCUGGUAGCGUUAGCUUGCGCUAGUCGGCUGUACCAGCACUAAAACCCUGGUAUUUUUGUUCUCCAUCUUCUUUUUAAAUAGUGAGCCAACAUGUUUUCAGCACUUAUUUCCGUUACGGAUCAUAAAGAA